AUGCUGCGUUUCACUCAAUUCUGUAAAAUUGGUCAUUCUAGUCAGCUUCGGCGUGUUGUGGCAGCAGAAAAUGUUGAAAUUGGUCAGAAUGUCUACGCAGACGUCGCAUGGCUUUGUCACCACGCCCGUAUUUUGGAUGGUGUUCGAUUGGGCCGGCAAUGCUUUGUUGGACCACCUGGAUCUUCAUUUUGCUUAUCUAAGCCUAGCAUUAAAUCCACGGAUUCUUCACCAUUGGCCUGCUAUUUAGACCUGGAGCAGCAUUCCCUCCCAGUAUGCUUGGGUCCCGGUGGUCGUCUGCCUCCUUGUAGCGUUCUCGUUGCCCCUGGACCCAAUUCCAUAAUUAUCUCAGAAGAAAUAGGUGGGGCUAAAGCUUGGGCUUCAAUCUAUCAGCGAAUCCGCCCUGGACGUCAGCGUCACUCUACACUAGAAAAAUCCGAGAAACUCACUGUAUGUUUCCUUACUCAUGAAUACCUCUUGAAUUAUUAUUAUUAUUUGACAUCGCAUAUUUUUUUAUCCAAGAACUGA